GUUUGGUUAAAGCAGGGGUGAACAUCACACACUCGGCGCCCUCUGAAGCUUCCCACAAUGCUUUUAUGAACGAGAUACCACAGCAGUACCGAGACGUGUAGAGGAGGAGGACGCAGCAGCAGCACCGGCUCUGCGAGUGCAAUCUGCUUACCGAGCGUGACAACUUUAAAACAUAACCUCCUGCGUUAAAUCUCAUUUUUCUCUGCGGAGACGACAAUCUUUGGAUCGCACAAAUUCAUGGAUGUUCUUGGAUAAUCUCUCGUUGUUUUACGCGGAUAGCUGCUCCACAGUCUUGCAUGGUGCACGUCGGUCCAGGAAUGGCGCGAUAAAGUGAUCAGAGGAAUCAGUCCAAGUACAGUCACUUCUCGUGUAGCCGUCUCGUCAUGUAUUCUCCAAUUUGUCUUACUCAGGAUGAAUUUCAUCCCUUCAUCGAAGCACUUCUUCCUCACGUCCGUGCCAUUGCCUACACGUGGUUCAACCUCCAGGCCAGAAAACGCAAGUACUUCAAGAAGCACGAGAAGCGGAUGUCCAAGGACGAGGAGCGUGCGGUGAAAGACGAGCUUCUGAGCGAGAAGCCCGAGGUUAAGCAGAAAUGGGCGUCCAGGCUGCUGGCCAAGCUGCGUAAGGACAUUCGGCAGGAGUACCGGGAGGACUUUGUCCUCAGCGUGACGGGCAAGAAGCACCCGUGCUGUGUGCUGUCCAACCCGGACCAGAAGGGGAAGAUCCGCCGGAUCGACUGUUUGAGGCAGGCCGACAAAGUUUGGCGUCUGGACCUGGUGAUGGUCAUUCUCUUCAAAGGCAUCCCUCUGGAAAGUACAGACGGGGAACGCCUUGUCAAGUCUCAACAUUGCACCAACCCAGCACUUUGUGUCCAGCCACACCACAUAACAGUAUCGGUCAAGGAGCUGGACUUGUUUCUAGCGUACUAUGUUCAAGACCAAGACUCGCGGCAAUCAGGAAGUCCCAGUAACAAUGAGCAAGGCAAGAACCCUCUUCCAGUCUACCUGGAGGACAGCUUCAUCAAAUCAGGAGUCUUCAGUGUUGCAGAGCUGGUGCGAGUGUCCAGAAUGCCCAUCAUCCACGGUGCUGCGGUGAACUUCUCCAUGGCCGACAUGCCCACCCAGCCCUACUACCACGACCUGAACUCCAGCGUGGGGCUGCACCGCUCCCUGUCCUCCCCUCCUGGCAGCAAAAGGCCCAAAACCGUCAACAUGGAGGAGAACAUGGACACCAGCCCGACGGGACCCGACUUCUACUCGUCACCCAGCUCGCCAGCCAGCAGUCGGGCAAACUGGCACGAUAGAGACGGAGCAGACAUGUCCUCUCCCACCAUGAAGAAGCCAGAGAAGCCGCUGUUCAGCCCCACCUCCCCGCAGGACUCCUCACCACGACUCAGCACUUUCCCUCAGUCUCAUCACCCAGGCCUAACAGGUGUAGGACACAGUGUUAUAUCGACGAGGAGCCCCCCUCCGCACUCGCCCCUGCAGUUCUCGGCCUCGGCUAUCUUGCCCCCGGCGCCGUCGCCCUACUUCUCGCACACCACCAUCCGCUACCCGCCCCACCUCAACCCAGCUGAUCCCCUCAAGAGCUACGUGCCGUCAUACGACCCGUCCAGCCCACAGAGCAGCCAGCCUAACAGUAGUCAGGUGGGAGGAAAAGUCCCGGGCCACUUCACCCCAGUCCUGGCUCCCUCCCCGCAUCACGGCGCCGUGCGACCCGUCUCGCUCUCCAUGCCAGACACCAAGCCCAUCACCACAUCCACAGAAGUGAUGGCAUGUUACCCAGGCUACUCAGCCCCCGGCACCCCGACGGCUAACCGGUUCGUAGGCCUGAGCCCCAGAGAUCCCGCCUUCCUCCACCAGCAACAGCUGAGGAAGUGUGACUGGAGCGUGACUCAAAACGGCAGGCAUUAUGGCCCCAGUGCCACUGACGACACUUUGGGGAUUACUUGGCAAAGUCCUGGUACCUGGGCGAGCUUAGUUCCAUUCCAAGUGUCGAACGGGACUCCGAUUCUGCCAACAAAUGUCCACCAGAACUACAGCAUAAACAUCAUUGGUGAGCCCCUGGUCCCCGCAGAGACGGGGAACUGAACACACAGAGGCCGGAUGACCCCCAGGGUGGAUGCGUGGCUGGGGGUGUUGGUGGUGCACAGCCAGCACUACAGGUGUCCGCAGCCAUGGAUGAAACCAGCAAAGCAGCACGAGCUGCACAAUCGUCCCCUAACUCCCAAUCUCGCCCCUUCCAUGUCCCCUCCCCAUGAAGGACACUGGCCGUGAAGUGAAGACGAGGGUUGGUUCGGAGGAAAGAAAAGAGAAAAAGCUUCAGGUCUGCUGUCUCCUCGCCCCGCCCGGCCCACACAUCCACCACCCCCCCCCCCCCCCCACCCACCAGUCAGUUGUUGUGUUGGCAGAACUUUUCAAUCCAUUCAAAUACUGUGAUGUAUAGAUGCCUUAAUGUUUUAUUGCAUGACACUCUAGUCUCUUAGCGGCAAUUCCUACUAUUUUUCCAUGCUGGGGGAAGAUGUAAAAUCUUGAUUUACACACACACACACACACACACACACACAAGUGAAGAGAUCUGCGUAUCGACAACCUCUGCCUGGUGGAUGGCUCCGAGACUCUAAGCUCUCCGAUCAGACCUCUUGAAAAGAGGCUUUCCCACGUGAAACGAUUCACUGUGUACACCAUAGGAACAACAAAAAUUGUGAAUUCAGAGUGUUUCUUCUUCCGUUUGAUUUCAGUUUACUGUGAUACGACUCUUUGUUCAGAAAAAUGUGUUGACUUUGUUUAUUCUUUACUGCUACUUACUUCAAGAAUUAACGUGAAUACUUACGGCGAGAGUUGAGAACUCUUGAUGCGGUUUUUAAAAAACACUAAAUGUUUGGCUUGAAAUUGGACCCCUCCAUUAAAGAAUUUGCAACUCCUUUACAAAAGGAUUUAAAAAGACGGAGAAUAAGAAACUCUCCAUAGAGGCAAGUGCAAUUGAAUUUUUUGAAGGGAAGCUAUCAGUCUGUCAACCCUAAGACUCUAAAGGAAGGGGGGAAAUAUUAAAUGGUUUUAUGGGUAAAAUGUUUAAGAAAACAUUUGAAUUGGAUUUCAGUCCGCCUUCUCACAUGAGAACAACAUCCAGUGUGAAAGGCAGUUGAAGGCAAGCACUGAGCUACCUGUGCAGCGCUGAGCAAAACCAGCACUUCUUUUGAGCCCUUCCCAUUUUGGGGAGUUUUUAAUUUAUUUUUGGGGAAGAAAAAAAAAAAAAAACACGAUGAUAAGUAAAGAAAUGAGACACACAUCGUGUAUAAAAAUGACAUGUCAUUGUUUUUAAAAAUGUUCACGAUAAGAUCAAGAGCAUAUGCAUUUGGCCAUCAGCUUCUAAAGCUUAUGUUUACAAACAAAUAUAUGGAAUGCAAAGUGUUAAACCAUGGAAAUGUACAAUUCAUGCAAAUGUACAGUAGGCUUGUGUGUAAAGCUACAGUUGUGCAAGGUUGACUCUGCAGCGGAAGAGGUUUAAAACUGAAAUUAUGAAUCCAGGUGGUGGCAAAUCCCUGAAAUCUAGAAUUGUGCACGGCAUGUUCACAGCCAUUGCCUCUCCAGUCCAGACAUAUUUAUACAAGGAAAAUCUCUCCAAUACUCUUAAUUUGCACGAUGACAUAUAGUCCACAUUACGUGCCUUGCCUUUGAAUAUAGAGACAUCACUACACUUGUUUUUGCUGCAUUUAUCAUUAUAGAAAAAAAUUAACAUUUUUAUGAUAAGAAUUGUUUUGUACUCUGAAUGAAAUUGUUGAUUUUUAACUUCAUGUACUACUCUAUCUCACAGUUACAUUGCAUAUCAAGGCUGUGUAUAGUUGCCGUUUUAAAGUUUGUAAUCAACCAGCAUUUUUUUUUUUCCUCAGUAUUUUUGGUGGUUUUUCUAAUAACCUGUCAUCUUUUGUUUUCAUUAUUUGUUUGAUGCUCAUUUUGUUCAUCUUCCAAUUACUAUUGUGGAGGGUGGAAUUCAGAAUUAUGAAAAUUAUGCAAUACCAAGUUUUGCCUAUGUAGGUAGUGCUUAUAGAUGCGUCAAUUAUUAGAGGCUAGUUUGGAGAUAGACAAUAUUGUAAUGCAUUUAUUUUGUUGAUAUCGUUGUUUGUCGUUGUUGUUGUUGAUGAUGUUGUUGUUGUUGUGGGUGUUUUCCUUUUUUAUUGACCAAAGUGGGGACUGCUUUCUAUGCAGUGUAUGACAAGGUCUUUUUCUUUUUUUCUUUCUUUAGCAUUUUGGCCAACCGAAUGACGGUGAGACGUGUUCCGGUGUAUUUUGAAUUCGGGAGUUUUAGGGGGAGGGGCAGUAUUUUUCUAGAAGUACUUAUUGAAACAAAAUGCACCCUUGGUCUUUAUACGGCUGCAAAGUCACUGAUUGGUCUACUGUGACUCUUACUUUCAACUUUCCACCUGGGGUGCUAGCAUGUGACCUUGAAGGAGCUAAUUUUUUCACCGGAGAGACGGCUUGACUUGAGUAUGACAAUCAUUUUAAGAAAUCAUUUUUGCGUGGAAUCCCAUUCUCUCAUAGAUCCCUUGAAGCUGCAACUGACGACGGAUACCGUUGCACGCUUGUAUCGAGUACUACGCCGUACUAUUCUAGACGUCACCGAAUGCAAUUCCCAAGUAGAUGCCUUAAACACAUCAGUGAAGUGGCCUGUGACCUGCGCAACAAUCACACACCGACUAAUGCUAGUGAGACCUGUCCAAUCAGUUCCAGACAGGCUCAAGCAAGCCUUUAGAAAGUAUUUUAUAAGUAGUAGAUUUGUAUAAAUGUAUAUACGAUAUGCACAUAUGUGAAUUCCUGAGAUACUUCUCCAGCAGAGAGCCGUUGAAGUAAACAUUGGACCCGCAGAAGCAUGGCGUUACCUAACUUCAUGUCCUGUAGCCCAGUAGGAGCUUAAAUAGAAUCCACUAGAAGAAAAAAUAGCACUUAACUAGCACAUAGGCAAUCGUCUUCUCCCCCGUACAGUGUUUUAGUCUUAAACUAAACCUCUCAGGCGUAAUACAGGGCAUUAUUUAUAUCAAUCAUUAUCUUACCAUUGCUAAUGUAAAGUCUCUUCUCACAGAGCAGCGCCUCCCAUGCUGCUAUGACACCUUUUGCACUCUUUCCCUACAAUCGUGAAAGAAAAGUUCCCCUCGGAGAGCCGGCAGUCGUAAGCAGAAGGCUUAGAAGCAGAAAUCGUUUUUAAAAUAAUCCUCAAGUCAAGCUCAAUCUCUCCGUCUUCACCCAGAUUUCUUAUGCAGAAAACAUUUUUAAAAGUCACCCCGUUCUAUGUGCACUGUUCUGUCUUUUUUUGUUGUUUGAUUCUUUAAUUUUUUAUUUUAGAAGAAAAACUAUAAGUGCUUUGCAGCCUUCGGCCAUUGGAGACCCCACUGACGUGCAUUGUCCCCAAGUGUGUUUGUGAGUGGGUGUGUGUUUGCCUGUGUGUGCGUGUGUGAUAACAAUGUCAGGGUCACUGUGCUGUUGGUGUUUAUUUGAAUAGGAGACUGUACAUAAAGGUAAAUAUCCUGAUUGCAUCGAUAGCGGUAGUCUGUGGGGUUGAGCUCUGCUUUGGCAGCUUGAGUGUGCGUGUGCAUGCGCGCGUGUGUGUGACUUUGUGAGCUGGAUGUGUGAUCGAGUGCCUCUGACACAACGAGAGAAGAUGAGGGUCUUUCUAUUGAAAAAAAAAAAAAGCCUGCCGUAGGACAGGAGUUUGUACACUGUAAACAUUUCUCGAGAGUUCUCCUCUUAAACCCUUAUUUGUAAAUCUUCAAUUCUGGGGGAAAAUGUGUCAAUUCCAUUUUAGGAAAAAAAAAAAAUUAGGUUUUUGUUUUGGAGGCUGGAUUUGAGUUAGAACUCUCCAGCUUUUCCAGAUUCGUAGAAUUUAAAGUGUUUUCAUCAGUUGUAUUCCUGUAUGUAAAGUAAAAAAAAGGGGGGAAAUAUUCUAUACAGAUCCAUAAAUAUAAAACAUCAACAACAAUGAAGGCUUUGUUUAGUAUUAAUAUUAUUAUUUCUGAUCUUGGUUAGUGCUUAGAUAUUUCCAUUUGGGAAACAUCAUGGAUAUUUGAAUUGUUCUUUCAUAGUGUGGCCAUAGCGAGUGUGAUGUGAUUUAUCUCAUUUUUUUUGCAAAUGGGUGUGAAUUCUUGUCCAACAAGAUCUUGGUGUGAGUGUGUUUCUUGUAGCAGCUGGGAGGUGACUUCACUAAACCGCUAGAAAAGGCCCCAGAUUGCACCUGACCUUAUGUGAGAAGCAGGGUAAAAAUCUGCAGUGACAAACGUCCUCGAUGAAUCUAUCAGAUAGUUUCUUUCUUUUUGUUUCUUCUCAGAGGAAAUGUUGCGAGACGAUUGGUGCCACAUUUCAAAUUAGAUCAGAUUCGGCCGGCCAAUGUUGAGCUGUCUAGUUUGUUCGUAUGCAGACGACGCUCUGAAAUAUCUCUUUAACUAUCAGUAACAUCAUCUAGGCAUCACUCAUUUUGCACAUUCCACAUGCUGUCUAUGUCUGAUGUGAUGUAGGAAGCACUUCAUUUACACUACAAACCUACUGCAGGUGCUUCAGAAUAGGGUACUGUACCUUCCAGCUGAUCAUAGCUAUUGUAUUUGGGCAUGGUUACGUAUUUCUAUUGCUACGCAGGGUGUGAAUGUAGCCUCUCGAAAAGCUCUUGAAACUUUAUGAAAUUGUAAUCCAUCAGAAAGAGCUGCACUCAAGGCAGAUUUUGACACUCACAACAACCUUAUUUUAGAAAGUAUUAUGUCAUUGAUCGCUGCGAUCGUCAAGAAACAGGACAACUUUAUGCAAGGAGGACCUGUGGCACUCAUGCAAUAUGUGUGAUUUUCCUUUUAACUGAAUGUCACACACUCUAGGGACUGAGAGGGCGUAUGCAUGCAGACUUAGAGGAAAUAUGAAAACUUCAUUUUCAUCUUACACGAGCAAUACACACCUUCUAUACGUUGGCUAGCUGCUAGUCACUUGGCAUCAGGUUGUUAUAAAACAUGAAAACCAGCAUUUUUACAGGAUGUAACAUUCACCAAAAGAAAAGAUAGCAAUGCAGUGCCUGUUCAAGCUGUCCAAGUGUCUAUUGUACAUAAUUGUAAAAUGUGAUAGACUUACUUUCAUAUGUGACAGGAAAAAUACCAUCACACAGUACAGUGGCAAACUCAUCUAGAAAUAUGCUCUUUAGUACUUCGAUGAUGCUUUUUUGUUGCGAUUUAUUAAUUAUGUCAGCACACAAUGCCCACAUUAGGCUUGUUCAAAAUUUGAGAGGAAAUGUUCAUUCUUCUUAUCUUUUCUUUAGUUUUUCCAGGAGGGGGAGUUUGGGCGGGGGAUGGGGGGGGGGGGGGGGGGUCAGUGCUACAUUAAGAGCAGUGAAAGGAUGAAACGAUGUCUUUUCUUAAGAUUAGUCACCAGUUUUCUCUGCAGGGCUGAUUUAUUUUGGGGUCUUGUGGCACUUUUACGUCCCUCUGCGCACACAUUUCUACUUCAUGAAUCAUGGUGGAAUUAUAUAUAACGAACAACAACAACAACACCAACAAUACAAUAUGUAAACAUUCUCCAGUAGUGAUCGUAGUUACACUGCAAGUGUGUGCAAAGGUCUAUGUAUGUAUCUGAAUGUAUGUUUUAGAGGACUUUUUGGAAACCUUUUUGUUUUUUAUCUUUUCAUUGACAGUUUAGGAGCCACAGGUGUCCAUCGUGAACUGUAUAGCGAAGGCCUUGAUAUCCCUUCUUUUAUUGAUUUUAGAAACGCCGAGCAUUAGGCGAUGCCUUCAAGCUGGUUACAUUUGGUGCAGGGGCUAAAAUUGCCACAAGAUUAAAAUCAGUGUAAAUAAAGGCUCAACUUUUUGUGAUUGUUACUGUUAUAUCCAGCCUAUACUGCUAGCAGCUGUUUUUACUGCAGUCAAUUACUGGAAGUGGAUAUAUUUCCUAUGCAAAACUGUUUAAACAAUAAAAUGAGCUAUGCUACAAAAAUGA